GAACUCUACACGACCGAAGAGUCGUAUCAUCGUCUACUGACUGUAAUUCAAACACGAUACAUGCAACCGAUGAGCGCGGCCGCGUCUUACAUAUCGACCACAAAGCCAUUUAUCAGCAGCACAACCGAGCUGAUGCCGUUGCUGUUCCGUCAUUUGCCAAAUCUUUUGGCCCUAUCUGAGAAAAUCUUGGCUGGACUCAAGAGAAUCUUACAACUCCAACGCCAACAGCUGCAGCUGCAGUAUGUUGGCCAACUUUUUUGCUCACUCGAACAAGACCUGGUCGUGUUUCUAAAAUAUGCAGUGCAUUAUGAAUCUAAUAUCAAAUCGAUCCGACGCGCUUGUGCAACCAAUUCAAUGUUUUUGAAAAUUGAGCAAGAAGGAAUCGCCAAGCGCGAGACCAACCGCAUGGGCUUUGCUGAUUAUUUGAUUGCUCCAUUCCAGCGCGUGCCCCGCUACUGUCUGUUGAUCAAA